GGGAAAAGAGGCUGAGACACAACAAGGGAGGGAUGAAGCCCUGAGGAGGAAGCACCAAAGGAGUGCUGUGAGACAGAAAGAAAGGGACAGUAGCACUGAGAGACACUGAGGAAGACUGACACAGGGAUGAAACAGUAAGCUUUUUGUGGAGGGGCGGAGUUGGAGGCUACCUCUGUGAGGGGGAGGAACUUCUUCUGGUUAUAAAAGCUGAUGUUUCUGGGAUACGGCGCAGACUGGACCGGACCGGUUACAGGAUGGCUGAGGGGGGGACCUCCGAGAACGGACUGCAGGAGAAGACCCGCGCUUUUCCUCAGCCGGUCAAAGUCCAGCUGAUCAGGAACACCAAGGUUUUCAUCAACAAUGAGUGGCGCGCGUCCAUCAGAGGAAAAAGAUUUCCAACCUUCAACCCCGCGACAGGCGUGAAGCUGUGUGAUGUGGAGGAGGCGGAUAGAGAGGAUGUGGAUGAGGCGGUUGAAGCAGCCAAAGCGGCGGUCCAGAGGAGCUCUCCGUGGCGCAGGAUGGACGCGUCCAGCCGCGGGAAGCUGCUGCACAAACUGGCCGACCUGAUGGAGAGGGACCGGCUCCUGCUGGCGACCCUGGAGACUCUGGACACUGGGAAGCCGUUCCUGCAGUCCUUCUUCAUCGACCUGGACGGCAGCAUCAAAACUUUGCGUUACUACGCAGGCUGGACCGACAAAAUCCACGGCCAGAGUCUACCCAUAGAUGACAGCUUCAUGUGUUUGACCAGACACGAGCCUGUCGGUGUGUGUGGAGCCAUCAUCCCAUGGAACUUUCCUCUCCUGAUGUUCAUGUGGAAGAUCGCUCCAGCCCUAAGCUGUGGGAACACGGUGGUGAUUAAACCCGCGGAGCAGACCCCCCUCACAGCCCUCCAUGUUGGAUCUCUUAUCAAAGAGGCGGAGUUUCCUCCUGGAGUUGUGAACAUCGUUCCAGGGUUUGGGCCCACUGCUGGAGCAGCUAUUGCUGACCACAGAGAUGUGGAUAAAGUUGCCUUCACUGGCUCCACAGAGGUUGGUCAGCUGAUCACAGCGGCAGCAGCCAACAGUAACCUGAAGCGAGUGACUUUGGAGCUGGGAGGGAAAAACCCCUGCAUCGUGUUCGCUGACUGCGACUUGCAGCUGGCUGUGGAGGAAAUUCAGAAAGGAGCGUUUUAUAACCAGGGUCAAUGCUGCACGGCUGCAUCACGGAUCUUUGUGGAGGAAAGUAUUUAUGAAGAAUUUGUGCAGCGCAGCGUAGAAAACGCUAAGAAGAUCGUCAUCGGAGACCCUAUGGACCCUCAGACCACACAUGGACCACAGAUUGACCAGCAGCAGUUUGAUAAAAUUAUGGAUCUGAUAGAAAGUGGGAAAAACGAGGGGGCCAGACUGGAACAUGGAGGAGGAGCUGUAGGUGAGAAGAGCCUCUUCAUCCAGCCCACCAUCUUCUCUGGAGUCAAAGAUCACAUGAGGAUUGCAAAGGAAGAGAUCUUUGGUCCAGUCCAGUGUAUACUAAGCUUUGAGAACCAGCAGGAGGCUGUAGAGAGAGCCAACAACUCUCCGUAUGGUCUGGUGUCGGCCGUCUUUACAACCAGUAUGGACAGAGCUCUGUCAGUGUCUGCAGCCAUGGAGACGGGAACUGUGUGGAUAAACUGCUACAACGCCCUUCAUGCUCAGACUCCCUUUGGAGGAUACAAGAUGUCAGGAAAUGGCCGAGAGCUGGGGGAGUAUGCUCUGGCCGAGUACUCUGAGGUGAAAACUGUGACCUUCAAGCUGACAGAAACCACAUGAGAAGAACAAGGAAUGUCCAUCACAGAGACAACCUACUGCUGUCCUCAGACAUGUUCCACUGUCUGUCUUACUUUUUCUACACCUUUUACAUAAUAAAUUGUUUACUUAUGUACUGCCUAAUUAACCCUUAAAACUUCAACCUUUUUUUUCUUUUGCUAUUUUUGUUUGUUUUCUAAAGUAAAUCAGCCUGUAAGAGCUUAAAACUUUUAAUCCCAGUCAGCAUCAGACGUGAUGUUUCCAGCUGUCUGAUUAGGGGGUAAAAUGAUGUAAAAUGAAUGUAUGAAUAGAUGUAGCAGCAUAAAGGUCGACCAGAAGAAGAAAGCAGAAUUUAUUACUAACAGAACUUUGUAGAAAUAACACACAGAU